AUGAAGAAUCCGUACACUUAUGAAACAGAGUUCGAUAACUUGGGCACAGACGAUUCUAUUAUUGAUUAUUGUUACUUAUCGGAAAAUGGAUUCCUGCUCAUUUUUCUUCUAGCUUCGAAUGCUGAUUUACAAGCCUUUUAUGAAGUCGGGUCAACAGGUCCAAGGAAGAAAAUUGUGAAUUUAAGAAGUUUCAGUGACAGAAAUAUAAAUCCAAAAACCAUAUGUGUUGCUCCAGAUGCUAGUUUCAUAGUUCUUGGGUUGGCUGAUGGCGAUAUUUUAGUGAUUCCUUUGAAGAUUUUACUGGAUGUUACUUGGUCAACGAGUAGUGCACACUCCACAUUGCGCGCAGCACCAGUUUUGAUAAACUUUAUUUCACCUGGUGCUGAUUCGCUUCAAGUGAUCCCAACAUCAAUGAAGUGUUUCAUGACAAAGUUCCCUCCGAGACCAUCUGUAGUUUUAACGAACAAGAAGGGUUCCAUAUAUUUGAUAGAUUUGGAAUCUCGAAAAUGUGUAGCAGAGCUAACUGCACUGGAAAGUUUACAUAAAGUUGAUAUAAUUUCGAACCCCAGAGAAAUGACGACUGAUGUUUUGGUGACUAGCUUCAUGGGGGCACAAUGGAUAAUUCCUCUGGAAAAUAAUGGAAGAGGAUAUAACGAAGUUCUUACUACUUCCGAUACCAACGACUUCAAGAAACUAGAUUCGACUAUUUUUGAUCUUUCUGUUCAAAACUCAAAUUUGGUAGCCAUUAAAGAAGACACUGUACAACUAUAUCAAGACAUUUCCUUCAUAGAUCAAAAUAUUCUGAAAAGUUAUAAAAUUCCACAAGAUACACGCUUAGCUUUGUUCACUGAUGACGUCGUAUUUGUGGUUUCAGGACAGUCUGAGCUUAGAUCCGCUGUUCACUUUGGAUUGAAAUGCGUUCGGCUGGAUUACACAUUGGUCAGAAAUAUAGCAGAAUGGAGAAUCUUAGGACUUAUCCCACUGCCUAGGUUGCAUUUAUGCUUGUCCUCAUGCAUGAUUGUUAAUGAACGGGGAUUAAUGAAAUUAUUUCAAUGUUCAGAGUUAACUCUCGCUGAACUAGCAUCCGAAUUCUUAUUUCGCGUUCCUGUGUUUUCUAUGAACAAAGCGCUACAUGUAGCUGAAGCUUGCAGUAUCCAGUUUGCCGAGUUUAAGCGUUCAAUUAUUCCUUGUUUAUUGAAGUCACGCAAAAACACUAAGAUCUGCAAAAAAGAUUUGAGUAAAAUUCUCAUAAUAGCUAAAGUCUUAGAGAUAGCGAUGGAGGAACUUAUUGAUAUUUUCUCAGCUACGAGUCAUGAGAACUGUUUAUUAAGUCAGAUUCUCAGUAUAAUCGAUAAAAAUGUUAGAAGUCCAUUGCGAGUUCGAGUGAUCGAGUUAUAUGCUCGAAAAUGUUUGAAUGAAAGAGAUCGUGAUGAUUAUGAAACAUUUUGCCAGGAAAAUGAUGAGGAGUUGAGUUUAAUUCUAUCCCGGUUUCCGGAUGUAGUUUCCGAUAUUAAUAUACUCCUGCAAGUUCCGCUGUGGAAAAGUUCAUGUAUAAUAGCGGGGAGAAGCAGAGAAGCAACCGAAAAACUUAUUGAGUUCCUUUCAAAUAAUGGAGAGAAUAUUUGGAAAGGAGCUAGUCGUACAAUACGUUCGCAGGUACUCUCCUGUAUUUUUCAACUGGAUUGGUCCGGCGUGGAGAGCAUACACGGAGAAAGAAUUUUAAAUUUAUUAUGUGUAUGGCAAAAAGAUUUUCUGAGCUCUGCACAUUAUGAGCAUUGUGUUCGAAUAGCUGGCUAUUUCAGAACCAAGUUCCCACGACAAUCAUCUGCGUUGUAUCUCCUAUCCUCUGUAUAUCUGUUAAGUGAAUCACCAACUGAUUCCAAAAUUAGUUCUGUAAGUCGAAGAAUAACGUGCGGGCUGAACUCUUCCGCUGUCAUAACUCUAGAUGAUCGUGUUACCGUUUGGGGAGAUAUUAUAAAUAAACAGAGAGAUUUUAAUGAUGUCAUAAAUAUUUCACAAAGAUCGUCUUCCCCAGAUAGUUCCAAUUCACUCACUAACACUGUGAAAUUAUCCCAGCUUCCACACUCAAUAUACAUGGAAGGCAGACCACAUACAGUCGGUUGUGGUUCAGAACAUGUACUUGUUUUAACAACUUCAAAUCAGUUGUUUGCUUGGGGAACUAACAGAUACGGUCAAUGCGGUGUUGGUCAUAGUAAUCCUAUAAAUGAGCCUCAACUAUUGGACACAGUUUUGCCAGCUAUCAAAAGUAUUUCCUGUGGACAAUAUCACUGUGCUAUACUAUGCGAAGAUGCUAGUUUAUGGACAUGGGGAUGGGGAUUAUACGGUCAACUGGGGCAAGGUUCUCGAUUCAUCUCGGAUAUCUAUGUACCUACACAAGUGAAAUUAGACUCAUACUGUAUCAUCUCUGUAUCUUGUGGACGAGCUCACACUUUGGCUUUAACGGAUGAUGGGACUGUACUGAUAACAGGGAAUAGCUCGUAUGGGCAGUCUGGAUCCUCUGACGAUAUAAGGAAAAUAUAUCAGUUCCGUCCUAUCGAUAUAGGCGCGCAAUCACCGAAAUUCGUGAAAAUUGCAACGAAGUUUUAUCACUCUGUUGGAGUAACUGAUGACAACCGAAUUCUCGAAUGGGGUCGAAACCCCAGAGAACUAAAAAUGAAAACAUUCGUGAUGAAACGCAUGAAAAAUGCGAACAGAAUUAAAACAGAGGAAAGGACUAUCCCCAGAGAUUGCUUGGGUUGGCGUGAAACGAAACAUUUACUGAAUGGUCGAAUAGCGGACCUAUCCACAGGUCUUUCGCAUUCAGCCAUAAUAACAGAUUGUGGAUCCUUAUUUACUUGGGGAAAAGGAUUAGAUUAUCAGUUAGGUCAUGGGAGUAAAACUGAAAGAAGUGAACCUCACCAAGUUUUCGAACCUGUCAUUAUAAAGUGGAAGCACGUUGAAUGUGGCGGUAAUCAUACGAUUGCUGUGACUGAGGAUGGUCGAUGUUACGGAUGGGGUAGGAACGAUAUGACCCAAUGUGGAUUUCCUAGUAAUCAAAUUUGUUCGGCUCCAAGAAAAUAUUUUUACCAACCUAAAGACGGCACUAAGCGGUGUGUACAACUACCUGACGAUUCUUCGUUUGUGCAAAAGCCUUCUUUAAUUGCUGACAUUUAUGUGAAAUUAUCCGAACAUAAUAAUUCAUCUGUUUUUAAUCAGAAGGAGUUUUUUGAGCAGCUCGAGAAAGCAGAGUAUUCUCUUUUGAAAUUUAUAUCUCGACAUCUCGAACAGUCGAUAAGUCCGCAAUACCUUUUGUGCUCUCUUCCAGUGGCCUUCUGUCAUCUGUUGGCUGGUAAUCUUGACUAUGCCAUAGAUCAGAUAGGAAGGGCUACACAUGCUUAUGGAGAAACAGAAUCGGUGCUGGCCAUAACUUCUCUAGCCUGGGAGAUUUUAGCAAAUCAUGAGGAAGCUCAAACGAACUUAUUGCUUCAGAAAGCGUUUGAGAUACUCCCUUUAUCUAACACGCAAAGGAAUAGCUCUCAGCUACGUAACUUGUGGCCCAAUGUUUGGGCAACUGGAGAAUGUCAACGAGAUUUGUCAUCUAACGAAAAGUUAUCAAUUUUAGAGAAUUGGAUUCCAGAAAUGAAUAUUAUAAACAGCGUAGAGAUACCUAACACAUCUUUGCAAACGGGUUCGGUUCGUUUGCGCGUGUGGGGUCAAUGUGGACAUGUCGAGCCUGCUGCAGUGGGUAUUGUGCAGGAAUGUAGCAUAUGUACAGACGAAUGGCAACACAAAGUAGAAGCUGCAUUAGGAGAUACAGGAUGA